ACACCGACAUACCUUGCACUCGUAUGCACCAGAGAAUAGCCGGACACAAACCCUAGUUCCUCCCCUCUUUCAAACAUUUGCUUCAUUCCGAGCCGCUUCACCAGUCCCUGCAACAAUGGGUAUUGAUUUGAAGGCCGGAGGUAAGAGUAAGAAGACGAAGCGCACGGCGCCGAAGUCUGACGAUGUCUAUCUCAAGCUCCUCGUCAAGCUGUAUCGGUUUCUAGUGAGGAGAACGGGAAGCAAGUUCAAUGCUGUGAUUCUGAAGCGCUUGUUCAUGAGUAAAGUGAACAAGCCGCCAUUGUCCCUCUCUCGUUUGAUCCGCUAUAUGCAGGGAAAGAAGGACAAGAUUGGUGUUAUUGUUGGAACUGUGACCGAUGAUGCGAGAGUGUACGAAGUGCCAGCUCUUAAGAUCACGGCAUUGAGAUUCACGGAGAGGGCAAGGGCCAGGAUCGAGAAGGCUGGUGGGGAGUGCCUCACAUUCGAUCAGCUCGCUCUUCGUGCCCCUCUUGGCCAGAACACGGUAUACAUUUUCUUACCCUUUAUCCUUCUUUGAUUAACUUAGCAACUA